AUGCUUUUUUCACAUUAUCAACAAAUCAUCUUCAUAUUAAUUAUUAUCGUACAAAGUUCUUAUGGAUUUUGGUGGUCUCUUGGUUUACCGUCAUUUCAACUAUGGUCAUCAUCUCAUCGAUCAUUAGAACAAAAUCAAUUUUGUUCAUCAUUAACAUUUCUAACUGUUGAACAACGUUAUUAUUGUCAAACAAAUCCAAAAAUAUUCACAAUUAUUAAUCGAUCUUUACGUAUAGCUAUUGAUGAAUGUCAAUAUCAAUUUCGUAAUCAACGAUGGAAUUGUUCAUUAUUCACUCAACCAGAUUUAUUCGGAAAACUUAUUUUAAGAAAAACACCUGAAAUAGCUUUCAUCUAUGCUUUGACAUCCGCUGCAGUCAUGCAUAAUAUUGCUAAAGCUUGUUCAAAAGGUGAAUUAACGGAAUGUGGUUGUGAUAGAACUCAAUUAAAACCACGUUCAUCACGAAUGAUGUUAAAAUCUUCAACAACAAAUUCAUUAACAUCCGAUGGUUUUGAAUGGGGUGGGUGUUCGGAUGAUUUAAAAUUCGGACGUAAUGUUAGUAUGUCAUUUAUUGAUAAACAAGAAAUGCGAAUAACUCGACGUCGUAUUGUACGUAUGGUUAAUUUACAUAACAAUGAAGCUGGAAGACAAGCUGUUGAACGUAAUGUUCAAUUAACAUGUAAAUGCCAUGGGGUUAGUGGAUCAUGUACAUUACGUGUUUGUUGGCGUACAUUACCAGAUUUUCGUCUUAUUGGUUCUGAAUUACGUACAAAAUAUGCAAGUGCAACACAAGUACGACUUAAUCGUCAUUUAAAUAUUCUUAAACCAAGAAAAACUUAUCAAAAAUUAUUUAAUUCAACUGAUCUUAUACAUAUACAAACAUCAUCAUCAUUUUGUGAAAAAAAUUCUCGUCUUGGUUCAUUAGGUACACAAGGACGUGAAUGUAAUUUAACAAGAAAUGAACCUGGAAGUUGUUCGGUAUUAUGUUGUGAUCGUGGUUAUGAAACAAUUGUAUAUACAAUAGAAGAAGAUUGUGAUUGUCAAUUUCAUUGGUGUUGUGAAGUUCGUUGUAAACGUUGUGUGAAAAAAGUUGAAAAACAUUUUUGUAAAUGA